AUGGUUGGCUUUGGAUCUUCACUCCGCAUAGCACGUCGGUCCGGCUGGGAAGGAGCCUACCUCGACUACGAAACCCUCAAACUCUUGCUUUCGCAAAUCGAAGCCGUCUACGAAGAAGAGACGCACCGCCAAACAUCGCACGAAUGGAACGUCUUGGGCGAACAAGAAACCGCAAGGGACUAUCGGGAAGAAUUGUUUCUGGAGUCGGACUCGGACGAAGAAUACGCGUCCCUGGAAGACGAUGUUGACAUCAACGACAACGACGAUCUUUCUGCCGGUAUGGGCGCAGCCGACGAAUCGGGACAAAACGUCGACUUUUCAAUGGGAACGUCGUCCCGAUCGAGCAAACCCUUCAAGUUGUCCUAUUCCCACGAAGCCACCUCGAGUGACGAGGAAGAGGACCAGGUGGACGUUGGCUGUGGAGCCGGUACCUUGAGUUCCUGGACACCCCGGACCUGGGACACCAGUAAUAUUACUCGCAAAAAGCCACCGUACCAGCAGCAAGGCGGAAACGCCGCCAAACGCAAGGCUCAUCGGUUGCCACGAUUGAGAGAAGACGACGACUUCUACGCGAGCGCUGGCGGAAGUGGCCACGCGAUUGGGGGAAGCGGCGUUCGCUCAGGGAUCGGCACUCUUCCCUCUCACGGAACAACGCUCACCAACAAUACCGCCACCCAAGCAUUUUACAUGGCUGGGGGUUCCGGCAGUGACAGUGCCGAGUAUUUGCAGACCUUGGGAAGCUCUCACACUCCGUCCAUUCUCAACGCCCCCAUACGUAGAACGGGCGAAAGUGCGUCAUUGCUGCCACCCACCACACCAUCCCAAUCGAAUGCGUCCUGGUAUACGUUCCAUACAUCUCCAUCCGUACGGACGAGUCACAAUAUGGACAAUACAACUCCACCGCACGUAACUUCAGCAGAUUUUCUGCGAGACAACCACCUUCUACCCGAGAGCAUCAAUCUCACACCACCAUUGUCCGGACGCAUGAACCACCGGGGAGAGGACGAACGUAAUCGCGACCGCGUCGCUCGUCGCAAACGUCGGCACAGACUCCGUGCCAUACGCAAACAGAAGGAACGGAAGGUACCCCGGCACAUUCGUGUCGCACAUUCCAAAGCUAGGGCCAUUACGGAACGGUUCCUGGGAUUACUGCGAGCCGAAACAGAAAAGGUCAUGUUGUUUGCUCAGUCGAGAUUGGGAGAAUUGGCCGAUACAGCUGGUAGUUUGCGCUUUCCUUCGAUCGAUGAGAUCGACUAUGUUCCACACCAAACACAGGGCUCGGCCGCCUAUGAUUAUCGCCUUACCGACGGUGGGAUGCACCCUUCGGCAUCCUCUUCAGAAGACGACGGCCCGGCAGGAGCAUGUCCCUGGUCAGACAGCUCGGACGAAGAAGACGCGACUACUGCCAACAACGGUCGCGCAAGUCCCCGUGAAGGAUCGUACAUAAUACCCAAAGGUCACCUGUCGGAAGAAACUUUGGGACGAGCUAAUCCCAGCGCGUCUAAAAGUGUUGCAUCUUCCGCCAAACAGCUCAAACGGGCGGCCAAAAUUAAGGAGAGCAAAGGCCAGCGAAAUGUUAAGCAGCACGCGGAAACGCUGUCAUCCGUGCAGCGACAGAUUGCUCAUUUUGCUCGCCUACGAAAAAAUAGACCUGUCUUUCAACGGAAUGACCAAAUUCUUGGGGAAGAUAUGUUGCUGAUAUCGGCCGUGGAAGAGGCGGACGGCUUUACCGCCGUGGGGGUAGAACUCAUGCACGUGCUCCGCUACAUUUGUGUCAACUUGAUUGCCGUUCGCAAAAUAUGUCGCAAGCAUGAUCGUCUCCUGAUGAAUCGAAUGCUUGGAGGAUACUAUCACCGCACAAGGAAUUUGGGGCACGAUCGGUACGCCCACAUAGAGGAUGUGCAAACCCUGGGUGGUCUACUGGCACGAGUUUCUGGCGAUAUCUACGAAGCUCAUCCAGCGUUGAUUGGGCAUAUGACGUAUUAUAAACUCGUGGGAGUGUACGAUCGAAAGGUCCAAAAGCUAGCAAAUUCACGUACCGUGCAAGUAAUUUCUGCCUGUCUGGCCCUGGCCCUAUCAGAGCACGAAAUAACACAGUCGAGAGCCGAGAAGCUGACCAAGAUCCAGUCUACAACGUCAUCGGACACUCCAAAACGAUCAGGACAUGGCGGCACCUUGUCAUGGGUACAAGGAUUGAAGAACAGCUUGUUUCAGCCAGCUGUAAAAUCCGACGAUGAAGAAGAUGACGGGCCGCCAUCGACGACUUCCACGGUAUCUUUGACAAGGCUGCGAUUCACUGUCACAUCAAUUUUUGCUUUGCGAGAAGCAGCUCGAUACAAAAUGGACCAUUAUGCUACAUACUUGUCUAGAUCGUUGAUUUCGUUUACAGGACAGCCCGCUGCCGGCGAAGGACUGGACGGCUGCUCGCGAGUGACUCUCGAUUUUUUGGUGUCGUACAAUCCCGAUGCAGCAUUGCUUUUCGACUCUUCGGUACUGUACAAUGGUAUCAAGCACGGACUUUGGCUCGGUGAACCUGUGAGUGAGGUCAUGGUCUCAACGUUGGCAGCUGCUACAAGUCCAGAUCCUGCGUUUCUGCUCAAUGGUUCAUCGACACUAAGUCCGGAAGAGCUUGCGGUGGCAAAUGCAGUCAGCAUCGUACCCGGACCUAAGAACUUGUUCCUCCAAAGUUUUUUGAAGGGACUUCUUCCUAAACAACUUGCUGUGAAGGGAAGUCCGAACAUAUCAGAGGCUCCAUUGAAGAUCUUGCGAUUAAGUCAAUUUUCAUGCUUUCUUUAUUCGAUGAAUUAUUUUGUCGCUCAUUCGAGUACAAAUACUUUUACGCACGCGAUGGGGGCUCAUUCAGCCUAUUCCUCUGUGAUUAUUGGGAUUCCUAAUGUGGCAGCUAUCAUCGUCGCGGUCAUACAUGUACAAGCAGUUGCUUCGGAAAAGACCGCUGGGCGGUUUCCCAGAGACAGUACAGGUCUUCUGCGUGGUUGUUUUCUGGUAUCUGCAAUCAUGGGCGUGCUUGGAAACAUUGCGCACAGUCUCGCGAUCGAAAAAGAAUGCCUAGCACUUGCGAUAUGUGGACGUUUCCUCUUGGGGUUUAGCUCCGCCGAGAUAUUGCAUCGACAGUUGUUGUCGACUUGCUUGCCUGCGUACAUCGUUUCAGAAUCAUCGAUGCUUGUGCAGCUUCGAGCAGUCGGCACUGUUCUUGGGCUUAUCGCCGGCACAAUCAUUGAAUCCUUGCCGAUUUCCUUCGAUGCACUCGGAAUUCGCGUCCUUCAAACAUCGGGCUGGCUGAUGGCAGUCCUCUGGAUGACUCAACUGAUAAAUCUAUUAUUGAGCUCAGGAUUAGUUGAAGGGCGGAUGAAAGCUUUAGGGUGCGAUUUUUCGGUACUAGAGGGACAAGAGAUCAAUGGUCCUGCAAAAGCUUCGAGUGUCGACUACAGUUCCGACUCAUCUAGCUCCGUUGAGCCAGGAACACCUACGAGCGUACUGUACCGAUCUUCUUCAGACGUUACGUCCCAUGAUCCUUUCACUAUAGCCUACGGGAGUCAGCAAGAGGAGCAAAUAAUGUCAGACCAAAACACUGCCAGCACGGAAUCGACCCCUCUAAAGACUUUUGAUCACGGCAUUCGACGACGGCCCUUUCGCCAAAUCACCACAUUUUUUGCUCGAACAAAGAAGCUGCUUGCAUUUCAUAUUGCAAUCCCUAUAUCUUUGGCAAUUCUCCUGUACACUAGCUAUGCCACUGAAGUAUUCUUCACCGCCACUCCGAUUGUUGUCUGCCGAUACUUUGGAUGGAACGGUGAUCAUGCCGGCGUCUUUCUCGGCGGCCUCGCUCUUUUGGUUCUCCCGACCUACUUUGUAUGUGAGUUGGUGGCUCGACGAUACGAGGAACGUACUGUUCUCAAGCGAUCACUGCACGUUAUAAGUUGGGGGCUGUUUUUUAUGAUUAAUUGGGUAAGCAUAUGCUCACUGGCGGGGCGGUUUUCAAGUCUGCUAGCGGAGAGGCCUGACGGUCCCAUGGCUCACCCUUACGACUGGAAGUUGGGAGUCUUCCAGUACGUGAUCGGAUUGACGUUUACCUUUAUUGGUCUCACAUCGCUCGAGGGGGCGGCCCAGGCACUGGCAUCUAAGGCGUCACCGUCUCGGCUAAGCAGCGUGUCGGUACAUGUGAGUAGUCUCGCUGUCUUUCUUUCCUUCACUGGCCGCAUCUUUGCCGAUGGUCAAAUCUUUUUUGUGGAGCUUUCGCACAAGCUGAUAAAUGUGGACAUUGUGAACUCGCUGGUCGUUCCAGUAUUCUUGGCUUGCUUUGUCGGCCUGUAUUUUGUAAAAAAACACUACUUUUUCCUAAUGUAA